AUGCCUUACUCCGAUGAUCCAUUCAAUUCGGAAAAUAAUCCGGGAAACAAUUGGAACGAAGAUGAUAGUGAUGAGCUCAGUCCAACCGACGGUUAUUUCAAUUCGAAUCAAAUUCCUCAAAAUAUGAUACCGGAUCCCACGCUCUCACAAGAGGAUAAAUCAAAACCUCAAGACGCCAAGGGAAAUUUUCCGAGAGACGAUAAUAUUUCUUCAACUCUGCAGAUGUCGUCGUACCCCAAUGCGUCAUCUCAUGCAACUCAACAUCCCCGACAUUCUCAAAUUUCGUCUAAUUCCCUUCAUGCUUCGUUAUAUCACAGAGGAGUGAAUUCCUUCCCUGAACAUCAACCCUUCUUUGAACAACCACCCCCAGCUUAUAUAGCUUCCGCAGCGUCUUCUCCUGUCUCGGCACAAGGACAGCAUACUCCCACACACUACAAUACUUUCUCACAACAUCGCCUCGAAGGAGGUCUACCAAGAGAACCUCAGAGUAUGGGAAGACCGGCAGGUAAUCCGGAGAUCGAUGAGAGAACACCUCUUUGGCUUGACCGAACACCCAAAAAGAUUUCCUUUCGACGAGAGAUUCUAAAAAAAGCUCUUGGACUGGGACUAGCUCUAACCAUUGUUGCCGUUAUAUUAAGUGCGAUCUUCACAGAAAAAUCAAAUCCAGAUUCAAACAUGGGAGGAGGGCCUAGAUUUCCCGACCCCAUCCACGAUGGUGGCUCACACUGUCAAUAUGUGUCCAGAUCGGAACAAACCAUAUUCGAAAUCACUGAUGCAGCUGGAAUUUCAGUAAUACAAGAGUUCUACCAACAAGAGUCUCCUCAUUAUGGACCGGAGGUCAAAACAGCAGGAGAAGUUCGCAUUCGAAAUCUACCAAGCAAUUCAAACGAAGGAAAAGCACAUUUUACAGUUGAAGUUAAACUUAGCCAUCCGGAAUUGUCUGUGCUUAAAACUUUGAACGAGCUUGAUGGGUCAUUGAAAAUCAGCACGCCGAGAUUUGCCAACAUAGGCAUACAUGAAAACCCUUGUAUCUCACUUGAAAUUACGGCUUGGAUACCAGAAGAUGCGGAGAUCUCCAAAGUAUUUUUUGACCUGGUAACUCUAUCAAUUCGAAUCUUUGACGAUGUCAAUGUCAAAAUUGUCAAAGUUGCCACAUUAAAAACAAUAUCAGGCCAUGUUAGGUUUCCAAACGACUCAAUUUCGUCAAUCAGUCAUGCUUCCUUCUCAACUAAAAAUGAGCCAGAAACACACUUCAAUUUCGAUUCUCGUCAUAUUGUCGUCGAAACUGUGUCAGGCAGAAUUGAAGGCACAUAUCCCCUUUAUGACCUUCUGAAAGUAUCUUCCCAAUCUGGAGCCAUAGGAAUCGAAGUGAAACCCAAGCCUGUUCUUGAGUCAGCACCCGCUCCCGCUACUUUGGAUAUCCGUACAUCUUCGGGUAGAAUCGAAGUAUUGUCACCUGUCAAAGAUCCAAAGGCCAUUUAUCUCCGAGAAUACAUCACACGUGUAAAAUCACUUUCUGGGGCCAUUCAAGGCGAUUUUUUUGUUGGAUCUACGGGGACUUUCGACACCGCUUCUAGUAGGAUUCAACUUAUGGUGAGACCGGUUUUAUUGGCAACUUCUGAUGACGACGAUGAAAGUCGAAAUGAAUUCUCUACUCAUUCAGUGAGUGGGAAUACACAUAUCACAUUACUUAAUCCUUUGUUUACUUUCCCCUCCACCAACGGCAACGUUCUCAAUGGUGCGAUUGGAUCCACACAGAAUAGCCACGAGUCUCCGUACACUUCCACCCUCAUUGAAUCAUCGAGCUCCUCUUUCCAGGCGUACAAGAGUAAACUUCGCACUGUUCAUUCGACGCAUAAAAGCUCCUCUGGGCGUAUCGAGGCAUACUACCCCUUAGCUUGGAUCGGCAACAUUGAAGCGAAGACUAUCUCCGGAAGAAUAGAAUUAGAAGGGAAGGGAAUAGACAUUGUCGAGAGGCAUGAUGGAUGGGGCUACAAGAAUAUUAAAGCUAGGAAGGGAGUCGAGAGGGACGAGGAUGGGAGUAGUGUGAAAUUGGAGACGUUGAAUGCGGCUAUUGCAUUAAGGAUAUCCGAGGCUUGA